CUUCUUCUAGUUCCCAUUUUUAUCCCAAUUUGUUUACUUUCACAAAAUCAAGAUAAUUUUCGCUGAUUUUUGCGAUAUUCUACUACUAAUAAAUAUAAUACUGUGUGUAUGAUAUUAUUAUUAUAGAUAAUAUUUGAAAAUAGUAUUAGAUAUAUAGUAUAGUGAAUUUUAUAAAAUGAGUAAUUAUAAUACACAUCUGACAGAAGAAUGUCCUUUGACGAAAGAAAAAAGUUACAAAUAUAGAUUAUGUAAUUAUUGUGGCAAUGGAUUAAAUUUUAUCAUUGUCUGCUUUGUUGCGUUGACUUUUGCUAUCACUACUAUGUUGGUGUUGCAGAUUCUUUAUACUGAAAAUAUGUCACAAAAUAGCCUUCAUGGUAUUCAUGGAGCAGUUGCCACAGAUUAUUCAAAUUGUUCUCAAAUUGGUACUAGAAUAUUAAGAAAAUUAGGCAAUGCAAUAGAUGCUGCAAUAGCAGCAACCAUUUGUAUGACUGUAGUAGCACCUCAUAAAACUGGUCUUGGCGGAGGUGGUUAUAUAAUGAUAUAUAAUUAUAAAAAUGACAUCCAUCCAAUUGUUAUUGAUUUUGCAAGUAAUACAGGCAAAGGUUUCUUUGCUAAAGCUGGAGUUCGUUUACCAGCUCUAUUAAAAGGAUUAGAAUUUGCUCAUAUAUUAUAUGGCAAUCUGCCAUGGUAUGAUGUAGUAGAACCCUCUGCCAAAUUGGCUCGAGAAGGUUUUGUUGUAUCUAAGGAUCUUGUGGAUGAAAUAGCAAAAAAUACAGAUUAUGGAAUGCUUUAUAAUGGUCCUUUGAAUCCAGGUGAUAUAUUACAAUUGCAUGGACUUGCUAACACAUUAGAUAUUAUAGCAGAAUAUGGUGUAAAAGUAUUAUACAAUGGUACUUUGUCAUAUAAAAUUCUACACAGUAGUAAUUUACAUGAAGAUUCACUGCAAGAAUUAGCAAAUUAUAAACCCACUGUAACAAUUGCAAAAAGCUCAACAUUACAUCAUCAUACAAUUUAUUAUCCUCCACAUGUGUUUCUUAUGCAACCAGUAAUUGAGGCAUUGGAGAGUCUCCCAAUUUUGACAGGAAACGCGUCCACAAUAGAAUCGUUAGCUCUUGUUGCACAGACAUUGAUACACAUAUAUUCGGUCGCUCCCACUGUAAUUAGAGAAGUAUAUACUGGAGUUAUGGCAAUGGAUUGGCAAGAAACAUAUGUUAGCGUUUUAUCUGGUUUAAGUUCACCUUUGGGGUCUGGAAAUAUGACGGACGCUGGAUUUUUGUUAGAUAAUAUCGAUAGUAUGGAUUUAUCUACAUUUAUCCCUAUUAUUUUUCAUUAUGAAGAAAAAAUAUGUGGAUUACGUGGAGUAUUUGGUUCGGACGAUGCUUUCCUUAAUGGGCAAAUCCUCUAUAAUCUUAUUGUUCGUACUCUUAACGUUUCCGCCGCAAUAGAAUAUCCUCGAUACAAUUUUGGUUCUGGCGAUAUAAUGAUAGAACAUAAUCAAAGACAUUCGAUAGAAACUGCACUGCAGGCUCGAUUACCUAAGUUAUCGUCAUUACCUAUUGUCAAUAGUGAUGGGAGAUUACUUAUAAAAAGCAUAAAUGCAAUCAUUAAGAAGAAAGAUUCGCUAUCAAGUCAUUCCGAUAGCCGUGGAAAUGGAAUAGCAUCUCGAUUUUAACUUUUUGUUAUAAGUAUACAUAUCAAAAAUCUUAAGAAU